UAGUCGGUCGGGUUUACUUUUUGAAUCACUAAAAUGGAGGCUAAAAGCAUCGACUAUUAUCAUAACCUUACUCUAGAGCUGUUAUUUGAGAAUGGCACUAAGUUAAAGCCGGACUACUUGUAUGGUGAAGCAAGAGAAACAAAGCUCGCAAGCGUCAAUGGCCUUGCAGAGACUGCAACUGCAGCAUACGUUAUUAUUUUGAAGGCCAAUGGUGAUAAUUGGUUCCUCCUGUAUGAAGGAGAUGAAGUGACAGAAGAGACUCUCCAUAGUCUUGAUGAUGACCUCUCCGAGCUCCUAAACAUAGAUAUAAAGAUAACAGUGGACCUCCUCAAUGUCUUCCUUCAGCCUGAGCCUGAUGAGAGAUUGGUUGAAAGAAUGAUGCUAGAGAUCAGUAAAGUGUGGUAUCUAAACUUCCUGAGGAAUGGUCAUGAAAUGACAGAUGGCAGUGAAGAUUACGAAAGUGAUGAUAAAUACGAUUUUGUACCAGUAGUUAUUACUAAGCAAGUUGAAAAUAAGUUUUGGGAGGAAGCAUUUUGUGGCCCGUUUCAUAGUGAAAAUGUUCCAUUUCCUUCUGCUGAGCAAGCUGAAGGCAUUGCUGCCAAGUUAUUGAAGAUUGAUAAUUCAUAUUCAGCUAGUAUAUCAAUCAUAGAAGCUGUUGAACAGGGAACUUAUAGAUCUAUGUCCUUUGCCUUGCAGCUGUUAUUGUUUGGUAUCAAUCCGAACCAAUGUAAGCCGUCUAAUGGUGAUACUGCUCUCCAUAUAGCAGUUAGGAAAGACAAUGAAGUAAUGGUGAAGCUACUACUUGCCUUUAAAGCUGAUCUAAAUAUCAAAAACAAAACAGGGAAAACUCCAACAGAUUUAGCUGCAGAUAAAGAAAAAAUUUCCCAUUUAGAUCUUACAGAAGUUGCUGAAUGGCAAGAUAAAAUGAAAGAACAUUUUGCUUCUUAUCCAAACCUUCCAGAGAGAACUCGGACUGGUACUUACCUUAUGAGCCUGGAUGGUGGUGGAAUUUGUGGGUUCAAUAGCAUCACAUUUCUCAUUGCUUUGGAGGAUCGCAUGAAGGAACUAUCACCUAAAUGCCACCCUAUUCAUCAUUAUUUCGAUUACAUAGCUGGUACUAGUUUUGGUGCCAUUGCUGCCCUUACCCUCCUCUAUACAAACCACUCACUCAGAAUCGGGCGAUGUCUAGUCUAUCAAAUUUUGAAAGAAGUCAUUGCUUUAAAUCAUAUUGAUAAUGAUAAACGCAAGAAUUCAAUGGAAAGGAACCUUCAGAGCAUAUUUAAGGGAAAAGCGAUGUCUUCUUUGAAGGGCCCACCACAUGCUAUAGUCACUACUACCAAGCAUCCUGAUGGAAUGCUUUGCUUGAUGACAAGCUAUGGAAGUAACAGUGAAGUUGAAUCAAAUCAUGUUUGGAAGGCAGCUCACAUGUCAUCUGCUGCUCCCUUGAUUUUUCCUCCUGUGGAUGGCAAAUAUUAUGAUGGUGGAUUAAUGGCUAAUGAUCCGACCAAUGCUGCUUUGGGAGAGAUUAGUGAAAUUGAGCAGAAUUGUGAGUUUGGUUGUGUAUUGUCUAUUGGGACGGGAUCUUUUAAAGAUCCAAAUAUCGUGGACAACUUGGAAUAUUUCUGUUGGAAUUUUCCUUUUGAGCAAAUCCUCAAGCCAAUUAAAAUGGGUAAAGCAUACAUGAUUAUAAGUAAUUACGCCAGGGCUAAAGAGUUGUCAAAUGAAGAAUCUGCAAAGUCCCUAUGUGAAACUAAAGGCUGGGAGUAUCACCGCUGGUCUCCUCCUCUUUCCAGGAAUAUAGGUCCUGCUUGUAAGGAGCUCAAUGUCAUUAUUGACAUGAUGUACCACACAGAGAUGCACAUUCUUCAGAAUCCAGAGACUAUUGACAAUAUUGCUAAAUGCAUACUUGCAAGAAAAACAAGACCUAAUUAGUACAACAGCAACAACAACAACAACUGCACAUAUAACAACAACAACUGCACACACAACAUAGUUUUUUUAUAAUCUUCUAUCUAUUUAUACUUA